UACAGCCCAGACAACGUGGCCGGAGCAGACGGAGACAUUGACCCCACUGAAAUCACCUUUCCAGGAUGCUCUUGUCUGACCAGCUCCUGUGUGGUUCCCGACUGCUCGUGUCUUUGCCGUGGUGCUAAUUACCAGGGUUUGUGCCUCAGGACUACAGCUGAGGAAGAGGAGGAGUAUGCCAGGCCUGUUUUUGAGUGCAACACCAUGUGCCAGUGUGGGGAAUCCUGUCAGAACAGGGUUGUUCAGAGGGGUUUGCAAUUCAGACUCGAGGUAUUCAAGACUGAGAAGAAAGGGUGGGGUCUUCGCACUCUGGAAUUCAUAGCUAAAGGAAGGUUUGUUUGUGAAUAUGCUGGGGAAGUUUUAGGCUUUAAUGAGGCACGUAGAAGAAUUCAGGCCCAGACACCAAAGGAUUCAAACUACCUCAUAGCGGUGAGGGAGCAUCUCCACAGCGGGCAGGUAAUGGAGACGUUCGUUGACCCGACGUACGUUGGUAACGUAGGCAGGUUCCUGAACCAUUCUUGUGAACCAAACUUAUUUAUGGUGCCAGUUCGAGUUGACUCAAUGGUGCCUAAACUGGCACUUUUUGCAGCCACUGAUAUUUCUGCUGGAGAAGAACUUUCAUAUGAUUAUUCUGGAAGAUUCCACAAUUUACCAAAAACUAAGAGAGAACAAACGUCUUUAGAGGAAGAUAACAGAUUGAGAAAACCCUGCUACUGUGGUUCCCACACAUGUGCUUCCUUCUUACCUUGGGACAGCUCCCUCUUUUCCACACCAGAGGCUUCUGCAGGGAGCUCUCCGUAG